UUCUCUUCGCGCUCGCCCUGUGUCGUGUCUGGCAACCUCCCUCGGUACCUUUAUGUCGGGUUGUCUUCCCAUCUCUCGCCCUCUUCGUCACCUCCCCUCGACCUCGGCACCACCACCGCGAUGUUCAGAGACACAACAUAUCGCCACCCGGCGACGCGGCCCUCGAAGAUGUUGGCAUCCUGCCCAUGAUCGAUGAAGACACGACACAUCAACGUCCGUCGAGCGGCAGCGCGCACAGGUCUCGAGUCGACGAUCGGGCAACGCCCGACCACCAGGCUGUGCGCAUCCCCGAUCUCGCCCACGCACUCCGUCGUGUUUUCUCCGCAGCUCAUCUCGUGUCUUGUCUGGCAACUUCCCUCUUCUCCCGGUACUUCGCUGUCUCUCGUCUCUCUCGUGUUCUUCAUCACCUCGAUCUCAGCACCACCACCCCGACGUCCGAAGACACGAGGUAUCGCCGUCCGGCGACACGACCCUCGACGAUGUUCGCAUCAGGCACAUGCACCUGCGACGGAUCGACGAAGACGCAACGUAUCGACGUCCGGUGAGGGGCGACGCGUGCAGCUCGUGACCGACAAGGGCGCGAUAGAAUGUCUUCCGGCGGGCAUGGCACGCAGGGCGGCGGGCACGGCAACGCGGCGAGUGCAUCUGCCUUGCCGCGGGUGUUGACGACAGCUGGAGUGCGGAAUCGAGGCAGGCAGGGACGACGAGCCGGGCACGUGGUUCAUCGAGGGACGUUCGACCAGCAAAGACACGACGGAUCGUCGUCCGGCGAGCAAGGC